AUGGUAGCGCUCAACGAUCCUGCCGUGCAAUCCUACAUUUUAUAUUCCGGCAUUCUAGCCUUGAAAGUUCUGAUUAUGGCAUUACUAACGGCAAGAGUUCGAUUUGCUAAGAAAAUAUUCGCCAACGAAGAGGACGCAAAGACGUCCAAAGGUCGAGUGAAGUUGGACGAUCCGGACGUUGAGAGGGUAAGACGUGCGCAUCUUAACGACCUUGAGAACAUUCCUGCGUUUUGGAUACUGGGGGCAUUGUACCUAACGACAGCACCAGCGGCAGCGUGGGCUACUUUCCUGUUCCGUGUAUACACGGCAAGCCGAAUUAUUCACACAAUAGUGUAUGCCGUUAAACCAAUGCCGCAGCCGUCGCGGGCUAUCGCGUAUUUCAUUCCCUACCUCAUCAUGUGGUACAUGGGUAUUAAGGUGAUUUCACAUUACUACGGAGCUAUGUAA